AUGGCCAUAGACACCUUGCUGUCCCGCCUGGGCGCUCAAUGGGAGGAUCCGGAUGAAGAGUCGUUCUUUCUCUUUUCGCAUCCGAUCCCGUCACAAAAUCUUGGAUUUGUCGAUCCAGAUGCAUCAAGCUUAGAACUUACUGUUGCUGGCCGAGAUCUCACAAUUCUUCAGUCGCCAACAAUUCUCUCAUCGAAUCGUAGUGGAGGAACAACCGGUGCAGUGGUGUGGAAAAUUUCCCCUUUGUUCGCCGACUGGAUUGCCUCUCCCCAGAAUAUAUUAUUCCAGACAUCACUUCUUGAUGCGAAAUCCAAUGUCCUGGAGUUAGGGUGCGGCAUCUCCGGCGUGGUCGGUCUGGCUCUUGCCCCCUUCAUUGGAACAUACGUUGCCACUGAUCAGGCUUACGUCCUCAAACUUCUCAAUCAGAAUAUUGAAGAGAAUACGGAAGCCUCAUCUCGCCCGACAAAAGCCCCUAAAAAGCGUCCCCAACCGAAGCCGUCGAAACACUCCGUUAGCCCAAGAGAUUCCAAGACACCUCAAAAGAAGGUCAAGACAAUGUCCUUGGACUGGGAGCUUGAUGAAUUCUCUGGACUAUCUGAAAUACUAGGUCAAUCAAAUCCUAACGCUCUUGACUCGGACCAGCGCACAGGUCUCGAUGCCGUUAUUGCCUGCGAUUGCAUCUACAAUGAAGCCCUUGUCGAGCCUUUGGUGCGUACUUGUGCUGAAGUCUGCAGCUUGAGGCAGGACGGCUCCACUCUUGCCCCCACACUAUGCAUUGUGGCACAACAGCUACGCUCACCUGACGUCUUUGAGGCAUGGGCAGCUUGCUUUGACCGCUAUUUCAAUGUUUGGCGCGUACCUGACGAACUGCUCACAGACGGUCUAAAAAUGGGUUCAGGAUAUGUAGUACAUCUGGGCAUCCUUAUAAGAUGA